AUGGUAUCAAGCAAGCGAGAGUCCCCAGAUAAGUUAACUAGGGAGGACGUAUGUCGUGUGCCAGAAACGAUAUGUUUCCCGGAGGAGGAGGACCAGAUUUUAAAUGAUUGGAGAGAAAAGAAGAUUUUUGAGACAUGCAUGAAGCUUUCGAAGGGCAAACCCAAGUAUACCUUUUAUGAUGGUCCUCCAUUUGCUACUGGUUUACCUCAUUAUGGUCACAUAUUAGCUGGGACUAUUAAAGAUAUAGUAACGCGCUAUGCUUACCAACAAGGCUACCACGUUGAUCGGCGAUUUGGUUGGGAUUGUCAUGGCCUGCCCGUGGAAUUUGAAAUUGAUAAAUUGUUGGAUGUACAUGGACCAGAGGAUGUAGAGAAAAUGGGUAUUGCGACCUACAACGCGGAAUGUCGUAAAAUUGUUACGCGCUACGCGAAGGAAUGGGAAUCGAUUGUGACACGUAUGGGUCGUUGGAUUGACUUCAAGAACGAUUAUAAGACUUUAUAUCCUUGGUACAUGGAAUCCAUAUGGUGGGUAUUUAAACAACUGUACGAUAAAGGCCUAGUAUAUGAGGGUGUAAAAGUGAUGCCAUAUUCAACUGCUUGUACGACGCCUCUGUCGAAUUUUGAAUCCGGUCAAAAUUACAAGGAGGUGGUAGAUCCUUGUGUGGUCGUCGCAUUAGAAGCUGUUGGCUAUGAAAAUACUUACUUUCUUAUAUGGACUACUACGCCUUGGACUUUACCGUCAAAUUUUGCUUGCUGCGUUAAUCCAAACAUGGAGUAUGUCAAGGUAAAAGAUGUGAAAACUCUUCGCUUCUACAUUUUGGCUAAAUGUCGUCUUAGUUAUGUUUAUAAAACUGAGGAGGAUUAUGAAGUUAUUCAGGAGUUCCUUGGUGAAACCUUGGCCGGCAUUCACUAUAAACCCUUAUUUCCCUAUUUUGCGAAUCGUGGCGAACUAGUCAAAGCGUUUAAAGUGCUUGUUGAUAAUUACGUAACCGAUGAUUCGGGUACUGGAAUUGUACAUAAUGCUCCAUAUUUUGGUGAGGACGAUCAUCGCGUUUGUCUGGCAGCUGAUUUGAUUACGAAGUCAAGUCCUCCUAUUUGUCCAGUUGAUGAUGCGGGACGAUUUACUGAAGAAGUUACUCAUUUUAAGGGGCUCUACGUGAAAGAUGCUGAUAAACAAAUCAUAGCUUUUUUGAAAGCAAGCGGCAAUCUAGUUUCAGCGGGCCAAGUUAAGCAUAGUUAUCCGUUUUGUUGGCGCUCAGAUACCCCAUUAAUUUAUAAGGCGGUACCAUCUUGGUUCAUACGUGUUGAGCAUAUGUCCAAAAAUUUGCUAGCCUGUAGCUCAUUAACUUACUGGGUUCCUGAUUUUGUUAAAGAAAAACGAUUCGGCAAUUGGCUGAAGGAAGCACGAGAUUGGGCAAUAAGCCGCAAUCGUUAUUGGGGCACACCUAUACCUAUUUGGCGUUCAUUGAAUGGUGAAGAGACGGUGUGUGUGGGUAGCAUUAAUGAGGUUGAACAAUUAUCUGGAAAGGUAAUUACCGAUUUGCAUCGGGAGACUGUUGAUGAGAUCGAAAUACCGUCAGCAGUAUUGGGUAAUCCUCCCCUGCGUCGCAUUGCUCCCGUAUUUGAUUGUUGGUUCGAAUCGGGCAGUAUGCCAUUUGCGCAACAGCAUUUUCCUUUUGAAAAUGAAAAAGACUUUAUGAGCAAUUUCCCCGCGGAUUUUAUCGCCGAAGGCAUCGAUCAAACGCGGGGUUGGUUCUACACUCUCCUAGUUAUUUCGACGGCUCUGUUCAACAAAGCCCCUUUUAAGAAUUUAAUAGCUAACGGAUUAGUAUUGGCAGCUGAUGGACAAAAGAUGUCCAAACGCAAAAAGAACUACCCAGAUCCGUUGGAAGUAGUGCAAAAAUAUGGAGCUGAUGCUUUGCGUUUAUAUCUAAUUAAUUCACCAGUAGUACGUGCUGAAAAUUUGCGCUUCAAAGAGGAGGGCGUUCGUGAUAUAGUUAAGGAUGUAUUUUUGCCCUGGUACAAUGCUUAUCGGUUUCUUUUACAAAAUAUCGCCCGAUAUGAAAAAGAGGAGCUACAAAGUGCAUCUUUGUACAUGUAUGACAAGGAAAGGCAUUUAAAGAAUUAUGAAAAGUCCUCUAUAAUCGAUGUUUGGAUCUUAUCAUUUAAAGAAUCUCUGUUGGAUUUUUUUGCCACUGAAAUGAAAAUGUACCGCCUGUACACAGUGGUACCACGUUUAACUAAAUUCAUCGACCAAUUAACAAACUGGUAUGUGCGUUUGAACAGACGACGCAUUAAAGGUGAAAUGGGUAAGGAGGAGUGUAUUCAAUCUUUGGACACACUUUACGACGUUUUAUUUACAAUGGUGAAGAUGAUGGCUCCCUUUACACCUUUUCUUACCGAAUACAUAUUUAAACGUUUGGUACUGUUUCAACCGAAAGACGCCGUAGGCAACAUUGAAUCGAUUCACUACCAAAUGAUGCCGACCUCGAAUCGCAAGUUCAUUCGUGCUGAAGUUGAGAAGUCCGUUGCGAUCAUGCAGGCAAUUAUUGAAUUAGGUCGUGUUAUGCGUGAUAGGCGCACAUUGCCUGUCAAAUAUCCAGUAUCGGAAAUAAUUGUUAUACACAAAGAUCCAAAAUGCCUUGAAGCCAUCAAGAGUUUAGAAGAUUUCAUUUUGGGAGAGUUGAAUGUACGUAAGUUGACUUUAACUUCAGAUAAAGAGAAGUAUGGUGUUACAAUGAGAGCUGAACCGGACCAUAAGGUUCUUGGCCAGCGUUUAAAGAGUAAUUUUAAGUCGGUUUUAGCAGCCAUCAAAUCUUUAACGGAUGAUGACAUUCAAAAGCAUUUGAGCAGGGGUUACUUUGAAAUUGAUCAUCAACGCAUUGAAUUGGAGGAGGUUCGUAUUAUUUACUGCACAUCCCCUCAGAUGGGUGGCGGCAAUUUCGAAGCUCAUAGCGACAAUGAAGUAUUAGUCCUAAUGGAUAUGACUCCUAACGAAGAAUUACUUGCCGAAGGUUUGGCACGUGAGAUCAUUAAUCGCGUACAAAAGCUUAAGAAAAAAGCUCAUUUAAUACCGACUGAUCCGGUGGUGAUUUAUUAUGAGCUAACGGCUCCUCCACAAAAGCAGGCUGAUAUCGAACAUAUUACAAAAGUGAUGGAGAUAUACUAUUCAAUGAUUACAGCAACUAUCAAGUCAAAUUUCGUUAAAUACAGUGUUGAUGAAGCUAAAAACAAGCGAACAAUUAUCAGUGAAUCUGUCGAUCUCAAGGGUAUUGAUCUCAAACUUACUAUCUGCUCAAUGGAAGACGUACAACUUCCAUUAGUACAUUGGGUUAACGUAGCAUUGGCACACGAUUUACAACCGCGUUACGGAAGGAGCAAUAAGGCGUCUUUAUUGCUUCGAGAUGUGGCCACUAACGAUAUCCUAACAAUUGAACAGUUACGCUAUGAAAUCGAUGUACUAUUCGGCUUAUAUGGCAUAAAUUAUUCUAUCUAUAUAACGCAAACUGAAGAAGGCGCAUUGUCGAAAUUAACUGCUUUAGAUUUGUCGGCAAACGGUAAACUUUUGGUGAUUUCCUGUCGAAUUGAAGAGGCUGAAAGGUUUUUGAAAGAAACAAGUGCUAGUUAUAUGCCUUACUGCAGAUUUAUCAACAGAGACGGCUCAACGGUAUUUACGGAAAAUCCAUUAGGUUUUCCUUUAGAUGCGUAACUCAUAUAUAAGUAACAUUUUCAUG